GCACCCUACUCAAAACUACGUGUUAAUAAUUAAUAUCCCUUUACAAGCGAAUGUUUCAACCAACUUGAAUCAUAAACUCUUUCAAAAGUAAAACUAGACCUGUCGAAAGGGCAUAUAAUGUUUAAUGCAGCGCGUUGCAAAGUUUCCCGGCAGGAUACAUGGAGGUAGUGAUGCGUGUCCUGCCUACCGCACUUGAUAUAUAAACCCGAUGCUAAUCACAAGUGAUUCAGUUUACGUUUCAGUGCAAACCUGUAAAUAGACUAAACAUGAAGUGCGCGGUGGCAUUAGUACUGGCCCUGAUCGGCAUGGUGGUCGCCAACCCUGUCCCACCACUGGGACUGGGCCUCGCCUCUCCCGUCUUGCUGCCAUCAUACUCUGUAAGCUCCAGCGUGAUCAACCACGGAGUGACGAUCCCUCGCGUUGUGGUGUCCGCGCCGGUCGUGCGCCACGUGGUGUCCUCCCCCAUCGUCACCGCUCCCAUCAUCCGCACUCCCGUCAUCGCUGCUCCCGUCAGUGUGGGCUGGAGCGGGCUCGGCUGGGGCUCGUCCCUCGGCGGGUGGACCGGCUACGGCUGGGGCUCAGGCUGGGGCAAAGGAUGGCAUUAAGCAAUAGACACGAAAAUGUUUUCUCAAAAAUAAACCCUCGUUCUAUUCAAGUCACGUGUACCUAAAACUAAAAUGUCUUGUAUUGUAUAUAGUAUUCUGUGUAUAGUUAUCGUGUAAAUAUUGUAAUAAAAUAUUUUCUAUAAGCUCC